AUGGAAGUCCAACCAGCUUGUGAUGGCAGCGAUUCAAGUGAUGACAGUAUGGAAUUACACCCUCUGAUGUCUUCUUCUGACCUGCCAAUCAAACUAGUUGAAAAUAUCACAAUAUUCAAAAACCUUCUUGAUGAAAGAAUAAAUGAUCUGCAAGCAAACGUGAAUGAGCUUUGUGAGAUAGCUGAUCAUUUUGAAGCUAUGCACCGGGAAACCACCAUAGGUAGUCUGUCUGGUAGUGUUAUUGGAUCAGUUGGAGGAAUCACCGCUAUAGUGGAUACCAUCCUGGCUCCCUUCACUCUGGGUGCCUCCCUGAUCAUCACUGGGGUGGGUGUUGGGGUGUCUGUCGCUGGUGGAGUCACUGGUGCUGUGUCUAACAUUACUGACAUGAAAGAUGCUGCAUUUAAGGCAGGAAGAUGUUCAACCAAUUUUGCACCAGAACUAGUCCGCAUUAUUUGGUUUGCAACAAUUGGCAAAGGGGCUGCCCAGGCGUCUAGAACUGUGCGAGUGGCAGGUGCAUUGUCAGGGGUUCUCUCUGGCCUAUUUCUUGCUAUGGAAAUUUUCUUCAUCGCCAAAGAAUCCAUGGAAAUCCAUCAAAUUAAUCAGCAUUAA